AAUCAAAAAUGAGGUGCUAGAAAUUCUGAAAAGUCUAGUUAAAACUAUUUUUACAAUUGUCUCUAUAAAUGUUUCCAAACUUCGUAAUAAUAAGAACCUCAAAUUGCAGAAGCAACACACCGUUGACGUGUACGUUGACGGGCAACAUAUUUGCACACCUGCGACAAUACACUUGCGUUCUAUAAAAUUGGCAAAGCAUUUCACCUAGAGCGGAAACCAUUUCAAGGCUUUUCAUUUUUUUUUUUUCAUACGAAAAAGUAGGUUGCUAUGGUUGUGCAGUCUAUCCUACUCAGAUGACGGUAUGUUCCUUGUAACAACACGUAGAAGCUACAGCAGAAACAAGCCUAUCAAGAAAAAGAACAUUUUGUUUGUGCAGUUGAGCCGCAGCUCGGAAAGUACUUAAAUUAUGCAGCAUCGAUACAGCGGCGCAUCUAUUCCACUGUCCUAUCGGUUGUAUACGCAUCAGCGAUGGCGAAGAUAAGGAUAAUUUUCUUUGCACUUUAUAUAUUGGCCCUCUGUGUAUCCUACACUGCGACGAGCCCGAUUGACUCAACUGCAAUAUCCUACGAGCCGGUAACAGAUGAGUUCUCUACGGUUCCUGAUACAAUGCCGACAGAAACUGAGGCUCCCGUCACCGAAGAAACAUCUCCCGAGAUGACCCCGAUUGACACAACUGCGCCAGUAACAGAUGAGACUCCUAUUAAUCCUGAUACAAUACCGACAGAAACUGAUGCUCCCAUCACCGAAGAAACAUCUCCCCAGAUGACCCCGAUUGACACAACUGCGCCAGUAACAGAUGAGACUCCUAUUAAUCCUGAUACAAUACCGACAGAAACUGAUGCUCCCAUCACCGAAGAAACAUCUCCCGCGACGAGUCCGAUUGAAACUACUGCACCAGUUGCAAAUGAGACUACAACGGCUCCUACAGCACCGACAGUAAUUCAAACUCCAGUCACCCAAGAAAGCUCUCCAGAGGCGAGCCCGACUAACGCAACUGCGCCAGUAACGGAGAAGACCUCUACAGUUCCUGAUACAAUGCCGACAGAAAUUCAGACUGCCAUCACCGAAGAAACAUGUCCCGACACAACUACACCAGUAACAGAGAAGACCCCUACAGAUCCUGGUACAACUCCGAUAGAACCUGAGCCUCCGAUCACCAUAGAAACAUGUCCAGAGACGAGUCCGACUGAAACUACUGCACCAGUACCUACUGCGCCGGUUGCAAAUGAGACUACUACUGUUCCUGAUACAGCACCGACAGUAACUAAAGCUCCAGUCACCCAAGAAACAUCUCCCCAGACGAGCCAGAAUUAUACAACAACACGAAAUACGACUCUAACCACCAUGAUAGCUUCUUCUACGCCUGCCACAACUGGAACUGCCACGAACACUACAGUACGUACCACCACGAACACUACAGUACGCACCACUGCGAAGACAUCAUCGCGCACCACUGCGAAGACAUCAUCGCGCACCACCGCGAAAACGACACCACCGACUACCGCUCGCAGUACCACGAGAACUACACCACCGAAAACAACUUUCACCUAUCCACCGACUACAACCAUACGCACCACUACUACAAAAUGCAUUCCAACAACUUGCGGUGAAAAUGAAGUGUUUAACUGCUGCGGACAGUGCGCCUAUAACACGUGCCGGGGAUAUGUUACCUGUCAAGAUCGGGGCUGUGUGCAGGGUUGCUUCUGCAUGGUAGGAUUCGUGCGUGCCCAUCCGAAGGGACCAUGCAUUUCGUACAAAGCCUGCCCGAAGCAAGAGUUUCCACCCUACAUCAAAGAGUAGAGCAGGGACUAAAAGAAUGGGUUUAAAAUAAAAAGAUAAAUUGCGACCAAUGCACCUUAAAGCAUACAGUUGAAUACAUGGUAUCUUGAAGCUGUGUAGUUGCUAGGCGGUAGUUGUAGUGAACAUUUUUACAUGUGAAUGUCUGUAAUAAAGUACACCAUUUACGAUACAUUUUGGCAUUGAUUUACAACAGUAUCUUUUUGCAGAGAACCAACUUUUGACAAACAAAAAUUAUAGAAUAAAUUAAACAAUGCAAAAUACACACGCUUCUCUCAUCUCUUUCAUUACUUUGCGUGAAUGUGUUUAACAAACGUACCUGGCGAGCAUCCAAUACAUGAGUAACGAUAACAUCGAUCCGCCUAAAAGUAUGCAAAGUAGUAGAUGAUUUGUGACAGUGCAACCAGACGUAUCGAGAGAAUUUCACGCCGUGAAACUUGAAAAAACUUCAAACCCAAAAUGAACAUGGCUGAAUUUCUAGUUUAAAUUUAUGUACGCAACUUUUAUCCUGCAUCGUGCAUUGACGGUCAAAUGAAAUGCCAAGUUUUUCACGCACUCACACUCAUAUUCUACCAAGAUAUUACGGCACAUUAAUUGAUUUUUAGGUGAACAAGUUGCUUACUAAACAAAUUAAUAUUAAUAGUUUGACACAUCUGUUUUCGAAUAUAUGUUUAAUUAUCUCACUGUGUCAUUGUCUCAUUCUGCAUUAUACAGAUCAGGUGGUGGAAAAGUGCAUUUGAAAAGUCGAUGCGAGGGACCUUACGUCAUUUUAAGCUCGUUUACCGUUGGUCUGCGCACACGAAACAAAGUAAACAAAACAGAUUUCUUGUUUCUUAAGUGCAAUUCUGUACGUUUAUUGAUUGUUACAAAAAAUGGGUCAUAUUUACGAAAGAGUUGAA